AUGGAACGCACACCAAACACUCGUGACAAUAUCAAAACACUUUACCUUCGUGACAAUAUCCACGCACAUAACCCUCGUGACUAUAUCAACACACUUAACCCUCGUGACAAUAUCAACACACCUAACCUUCGUGACAAUAUUAACACACUUAACACUCGUGACAAUAUCAACACACAUAACUUUCGGGACAAUACCACCACACCUAACCUUCGACACAAUAUCAACACACCAAACCCUCGUAAAAAUAUCAACACACCUAACCCUCGUGACAAUAUAAACAUACCUUACCCUCGUGACAAUAUCACCACACCUAACUCUCGUGACACAAUAAACAUACCUAACUAUCGUGACAAUAUCACCACACCUAACCCUCGUGACACAAUAAACAUACCUAACUCUCGUGACAUUAUAGACAUACCUAACCCUCAUGACAAUAUCAGUACACCAAACUCUCGUGACAAUACCAACACAUCUAACCCUCGUGACAAUUUUGACACACUUAACCCUCGUGACACAAUAAACAUACCUAACUCUCGUGACAUUAUAGACAUACCUAACCCUCAUGACAAUAUCAGUACACCAAACUCUCGUGACAAUACAAAAACUAAACCUAACCCUCGUGACUUUAUCAGCACACCUAACCCUCGUGACUUUAUCAGCACACCUUACACUCGUGACAAUAUCAACACACCUAACCCCUGUUAUAAUAUUAACACACCUAACCCUUAUGACAAUAUCAGCACACCUUACACUCGUGACAUUAUCACCACACCUAACACUCAGGACAAUAUCAGCACACCUUACACUCGUGACAAUAUCAACACACCUAACCCCUGUUAUAAUAUUAACACACCUAACCCUUAUGACAAUAUCAGCACACCUUACACUCGUGACAUUAUCACCACUCCUAACACUCAGGACAAUAUCAACACACCUAACCAUCGUGACAAUACCAACAGACCUAACCCUCGUGACAAUACAAACACACCUAACCCUCGUUGCAAUAUCAACACACCUAUCCCUCGUGACUUUAUCAGCUCACCUUACACUCAACUAAAGAUGAACACAAGAGGAAACUGGAAGAACUAUAGAGAGUUUCUGUUUUCAUGCAUCGGCUGCCUAGUUGGACUUGGAAACAUAUGGAGGUUCCCUUAUAUCUGCUUCAGAAAUGGAGGGGGAGCAUUCCUUAUUCCUUACUUCAUUUUCAUGUUCCUGUGUGCAAUGCCGAUAUUUUUCUUGGAGAUGGCGUACACACAGUUUUCGAAUCUCGGACCUGGGAAAGCGUGGAUUUGCGUUCCGAUUUUAAGAGGUAUUGGCUAUGGAAUGGUCAUCAUGACGGGAAUUGUUGCUGUGUACUACACGGUCAUCAUGGCGUGGACAUUAUACUACUUGGUCAUGUCAUUUAGUAAGGUUCUACCGUGGAGUCACUGUGACAACGAAUGGAAUAAUGACGCAUGCGCACUCCGCGUGAAUCAAAAUAUGACGUCGCUGAUGUCAUCAGGUUUUAACAAUUUCACAAACGAAAGUAACAUUGAUUCAACAGUAACGUUACACCAUGAUGGGAUAAAUUCAACGGAAUUGUCAACAAGGAUUGCUCGGACUCCUACUGAACAAUUUUGGGAGUACAAUGUUCUCCAACUAUCUGAUGGAAUAGGGACAGCUGGGGCUGUACGAUGGCCGCUACUGUUGAGCCUGUUUUGCGCCUGGUUAAUUGUGUUCCUCACAUUGAUUAAAGGGAUCAAAUCAUCUGGAAAGGUGAUGUAUGUAGCAGCCACUGUCCCUUAUCUGCUACUGUUGGUCCUACUGGUUCGAGGUGCAACACUUCCUGGCGCCCUGGAUGGGAUUUUGUACUAUGCAGUUCCCAAAUGGAAGUAUCUGUUAAAGUUCUCCGUAUGGCGAGAUGCGGCAGUGCAGAUGUUUUACUCAGCUGGCAUGGGCUGGGGAGGGAUAUCCACAUUGGCAAGUUACAACAGGUUUCACAACAACAUUGAAAGAGACGCAAUUCUUUUACCCAUACUGGACGUUUUGACAAGCUUCUUCGCUGGAUUUGUGAUUUUCGUCAAUUUAGGCUACAUGUCGCAUGUUUCUGGAAUACCCAUUGAUCAAGUCGUCAAACAAGGGCCGGGGAUAGCGUUUAUGGUUUACCCGGAGGCUCUUUCUCAGCUUCCUUUACCGCAGCUGUGGUCUGUGCUGUUCUUCUUAAUGCUGUUCACAGUCGGACUUGACAGUCAGAUGGUGCACGUGCAAACUGUGACGUGUGCAAUCAUUGACACGUUUCCCAAACAGUUAAUCAACAGAAAACUCAUCGUCACCGGUAGUGUUUGUUUUGUCAUGUUCCUCCUUGGCAUAUCAUGUGUUACCCAGGGCGGUAUUUACGUUCUCCAAGUUCUUGACUGGUACUGUGCUAGCAUUGCAGUCAUGUUUCUUGCCUUCCUUGAGGUCGUUGGCCUAUCAUGGAUGUAUGGUCUGCAGAAUUUCCACAACGACAUUGAGCUAAUGUUGGGCAGGUCUUUAUCGCCCUUCUGGGGAAUAUUUUGGCGAUUUAUAACACCAGCGAUCAUAAUGCUAAUAUGGAUCAUGAACCUUGUGCAACUUUCCCCAGUAACCUACGGCAGCUACACCUACCCAGGUUGGGCGGUCGGUAUAGGAUGGAUUGUGGCCUUCCUUGCAAUUGUUCCCGUCUUCAUAUGGAUCCCAUAUGAGUUGAAGGGCCACACUGGAAACAUUCUCACGCGCUUGAGGAAAUCGCUUAAACCUACACCUGAAUGGGGUCCUGCCGAUGACGAACAGAAAGAAAUAUACAAAGGGGCAACGCAUGAAAAUGGGGCUGAAGAUAUUAAUGUUAUGGAAAAGGAGAGCUUUAUUGGUUAACGUUAGCCAUUAACAUGCAAUGUCGAUCCGCAGUCUGAGAACGAGCGGCUAAUUUAGACCGAUACUGAAAUUGCCGAAAAUCUGCGAUUGCCAAUUACUUGAACUUAAUUUUGGAGACUGAAGAUGGCAAUUAAGAAGUUUUUUAUGUAGAAUACAUUUCAAAAACAAUAUACAUUUUCAUAGUUAACAUACUGUUCGAAAAUGCAUGUACAAGUACAAUACUUAAGUGUUUUCAUUGUCAUCUAACUGAUGCUUAUAUUUUCAAUUUUGCAUUUAUUCAUAAAGGAUCGGAUUGAGUGUGAAGCUGUGUCGAGUAAGUAAUACCCUACGUUUAAGCUGCAUUCACUUUGAACGUUUUGACAGCUUUUUUUUCCUUUAGAACGAGCCAUUGUUUUAGAAAAUGCAUGAAAACCAGUGGUAUACAAAAAAAGAUCGUAGAUUUUCAUACUUACGGUAGAAAAAUAUUGCUUAAUGGCUAAAAGCCUUAAUAAAGCUUUAAGAAAAAUUAGUGUAUCGGCAUAAAACAUCGAUUUUUGAAUGUAUAUAUGAACUAGGAUCAGAUUUUUUGCUAGCACCCUUAUAUCACUGCUAUUAAGAGCUUAAAGUGGACUUCAUUUUCGGUAACAGCUCGAAGUGCCCCAGCAUGAAUUGAUAAUGUUUGUUCAAUGGACGUUUGGUCUGUGUGUGUUGCUUGUUUGAUGUGUGUCUCUCGUACCUUGAUGAACUUAUGCAUUGUACAUUAAAACAGGGUCGUCCGAUAAGCGACGUGCACUCGCGUCUCAUAUAAGCGACCCGGGUUCAAUAUCCGGUCUCUCCCACAAAACAAGACCGCAUUCUUGCGCAAAAUCAUGUCAACGAGAGGAAUUUAAUCAUCAUAGCUUUCUAAAGAAUCGUUGUCAGAUGUAAAAUGUUUAAAUCGGAACACGGUAUUGGCUAAUUGUUUUGUUACUGCAAUUGUUUCUAUGUUAUGGCCUUGUGUUUUCAAAAUGAUAAAUAUGCAAAUAGAAAAAAACUUCACUGUCUUAUCAUUAAAACUGACUUUUUCUUAUUCAAAAUCGAUUUGAUCAAUUGUAACAUGUGAAAGCUGGACUUUUAUUUUAUGAUGUGGGUGAUAUUUUAAGAGCAAUUGUAGUAGUUAAUUUUUUUUAGGAACUAUGAAAUUUAAUAAUUAGUUCGUGCAACGGCUUUACAGACUAGCGUGAUGCUGAUUAGAUCAGAUGAUUAAUAUUACUUUGAUCUUUUUGUAACCUUGUAUCAUUGCAUUUCAUAACAUUUACAAUGUAUUGCAUUACGUAACCAGAGUUGUUGCAAAAACACUAAUAUUACGGAUACGUGAACGCAUGGACAUCUUUAUGUGUACAAAGUCAUCCAGGUAUGUAUAAGAACUUAUCGUUAUCUUGUAUCGGUGCUUGAUGGCAUGUAAAAUAUACCAUAACUAAGUUGCGAAAACACUAGAAAUACGGAUACGUGUUCUCGCGGACUACUUUUUGUGAACUACGUCAUCCAGUUAUAUUAAUAUUAUACACAUUUAAAAUGACAUGUAAGAUAGCAGGAGGAAAGUAGCGUAUGUGAGUAGCAACUGGUCGACAGGUUCAAUUUAAAAUGCAAUAUCUCCUAAGUUAUCAUACGCUUGUAGCUACGUAAGAAAGUUGUACCCGUUGCGUUUCGCAAACGAUUCCAUAGUCUAUAAUAGACAAAUGUCAAUAUAACAUUGUACAUAGUUCGAGCUUCAGGACAAUCAAGCCAAGCGGGAAUGCUUUCCUGCAGUGGAAUGAAAUCGGUCUUUUACAUCCAGUUCGAUCCAACGAGAAAAUCGAGCCAAGCGAGUUCGAGUCAAUUGGGUUCGACUAUAUAAAAUAAAGCUCAUUUAAAAAAAAAUGUGUAUUCACUGUAAGUUAUGUUUUUUUUUAAUACAUUUAUAACAAUAACCUAUAUGUGUGAUCGAAAUUUAUAACGAUCUUGUUAAAAAAAUAAACUGAAAUUGUUAUGAUGUUUUUAACAAAUAGUUGAGUUGACAUGUAACCUUUCAAAAAAUAUCAAACUAUUUGUUAUCACAUUCGGAACACCUCGGCCUAGUUCCAUGAAAACAACUCGGAUCUGUGCCGGUUUAUCAGAAAAAGUACUUAGUAAAAAAACUAUUAAUUGAUUAAUUGUAGUGAUUUAACGUGUACUGUGUAUUACUAUUACUAAGUCUAAAUUUAUUGACUUUGAAGAUUAUUUUUGCAAAAAUAAUUAUGAUUCCCUAGAGUUAGGUCAUUGAGAUUAACUGUUGAAUUGAAAUUACUACGCGAUCUACUUGCAGAGUAGUAAAAUUUAAAGAUUACUGACAAUGAAACCCGUCCAUAUACAUCCGAGGUUUGUUUUCAAUGGAAAAUGGAAGAGGUGUUCCGAAUGAUUUAAUUCGAAUAUAUCUUUUUACAUUGUGGGCGUUGAUACACAGUUGUACUUUUCCUUUGCAUUAUUGAGAAUGAUAUUGUAUUGGAACCUUUUUUAAUAGUUGUAUUUCGAAAUUAUUGUAACCCUUUUUGUUGUGCUUACUAAAACUAUGGCGCUUUAUUGUAAUCUGUAUAUUGAUGCAUUCUGUAUUUGAGGUCACUCUUAAAGCUCGAAAUGUAAAUGAACUAAUGGUAUUGUAUCAACAAAUAAAAAGUAAAUUCA